AUGUCCCGACUGCCAGAUCUAGUCCGCGAUUCGAAACUCGAAACCCGAUUUGUACCAGACUUCAGUGUCGAGACAGUACAUACAUAUCACGAGUCCGAACCGGCUCGACGUCGCCUUGUCUCUGUACUAGAACACUGGAAACGACAAGAGAAGAUCGGAGGUGGCGGCUAUUCAACCGUCUGGUUGGAAAGUUGCCCGAAAGUUUCUCGACAAGGUGUUCAAGUUCGAGCUGUGAAGCAGAUCGAGACGGGCGGGCGCUUUGCGCGCAUUGAUUUCAAUCGUGAAUUAGAGGCCAUUGCCAAAUUUUCGCAUCCGAAGUACGAACGAUGCUUCGUCAAAUCAUUUGGGUGGUACAAUACCCCCGAGAAUCUAUUUAUUUCAAUGGAAUAUCUCAAGCUAGGCGAUCUACAUGACUACUUGCUCGAUAGACCUCCGCUCUCGGAGAGCCAAGCACAGGAUAUCUCAUAUCAAAUACUCGAAGGCCUCCAAAUGAUGCAUGAGAACGAAUUUAUGCAUCGUGAUCUCAAACCUAAAAACAUCCUCAUCAAAUCCCAUCCCCCUCAAGAAUGGUGGAUCAAAAUAGCAGACUUCGGCAUAAGCAAACGGAUGGAAGAAUCCCCUGAAACGUCAACAACAUUGAGAGGCACCGCCGGCUUCAUAGCUCCUGAACUAUACGGCUUCAUUAAAGCGGGCAGUCUUUACUCACCAGAUAUAUGGUCAUUGGGAGAAAUCAUUUUUCAAAUCCUCACCAAGAAGCCUGCCUUUAAACCUAUUGGUCAACUAGUUUCUUAUAUGCGACAACCUGAGAUGUUCCCAAGCGCAGUGCUCAACGAUGCUGGUGUUACCGAAAUCGGCAUCGAGUUCGUACGAUCAUUGAUGGAUCCUAUACCUGAUAGUCGUUUGACAACCGACGUGGCACUUGGGCACGCAUGGAUGCAGGCGCCAUCUGAAAUACUGUCGACGUCAGAAGCGAGGCCUGUACCGACAGUGCACGACUAUCAGAAUCCGACAGAAACAGAUGAACAACGAAUCGAAUCGCAUACAGAGGUCGAGAAGAGGGGCUCAGAAACUCUGCGUCCGAAAGGGAAAACCAAGGGCAUGGUUCCGAAGGUUGCUACUGUUGAAGACUAUGAUUCCACCGACGAGGAUAGUCCCUCUUCGCCGCUUCUGUCGGGGACACUGGAAGAAUAUGGGAGUCCAAUGGAAAAGGAUACUCUAAAAAGCGAAUCGCUUACGGAAAUCCAAGCCAAUGGCUCCGAGGCUCUGGGCUCAAGCAGUAAGGCAAAGAGUACGAGUCUGAAUAUGGCACCUGAUGAAGACCGUUAUGCCACCGACGAGAGAGGGGCGCACGCGCUAAAAUGGUUAUACAACAAUCUGAUUUCAUCACAAAAACAAAGACUACCUGGCGGAUGGCAUGAAGACUAUUAUGCUACCGACGAGGAAAGUGACUGUUCGGCGCGCUCGUCUGCAGCGGUGCACGGCUGUCAGACUCCAUCACAAAAGCAAAGGCAACGUGGCGGAUUGCAUGAAAGAGUUGAUUCUAGGGGCCCAGAUAUUAUGCGUCCAAGGAGUAUGACUAAGGGUGUGAGUCCGAAUAUGGCUCCUGCAGACGACGAUUAUGCUACAGACAAGGAAAGCCUGUUUUCGGGGCUUUCGGGAUAUGCGGUGUCAGCAAUCCAGAAAGCAAUACAAGUCAGCAAAUCGCAUGAAGAUAUUCAUGAGAAGGUCUCGGAAACUCCGAGUCUAAGCCCAAGAAAGCCCAUUCCGUCAAGAACAGAAAGACAACAUACCGAAUCACAAAAUCGAAUUGCUGAUUGGCUCUCUAAUAGAAACUGUCAUCUUAUCAACGAGAAGGAUAAAUUUCCGCCGAUCUCGCUAGCGAGAGCGUUGGCGUAUUAUUCAACUGGGGUCAGGAAUAGGCGCCAGCCUAGUGUAUAUGAGAUGCCAUGGCGAGAGACUCGCAUUCCGCGGAAGCUGCUUCAUCCAAGGGCGAUUCGGGAACGGGGUUACCCAUUCAAGGCGGAGAAGAACACUAUUAUAAUCCAAAGGGUUCUGUCUGAAGAACAAGUCGACGAACUGAUAAGUCACAGCAACGCCUGCAAAGGACUACAAGGGAUACCGACAGUUUGA